CCACAGACUGGUAACAGGACUUUAAUUGCUAUAAGGAUUAAUCUGGACUGCAUUUUUUCCUUGGUGGAACAAUCCAAAAGCUCAGUGCUAUAAAAAAUAGCAAUGGAGUGGAGGAUAAUACUAUUCAUCCUUUGUCUGAUUGGGAUCCUACAUCUGCCUGGAAAUGUUGUUUCUCAAGAAACUGCACCUACAACUGUGACUACAACAACUACACCUACAAUUGUGACUACAGCAGCUACACCUACAACUGUGACUACAGAAAAUACAGCUUCAAAUGUCACUUCAGUAACCACAUCUUCAACUGCGACUGUAGAAACUACACCUUCAAAUGCAACUUUGGAAACACCUUUACAUGUAACUUCAGCAACUACACCUACAACUGCAACUUCGGAAACUACACCUACAAAUGUGAUUUCAACAACUACACGUACAACUGCGACUUCGGAAACUACACCUUCAAAUGUGACUUCAGUAACUAAACCUACAACUGUAACUUCGAAGACUACACCUUUAAAUGUGGCUUCAGCAACUACACCUUCAACUGCAACUUCAGCAACUACAUCUACAACGGUGACUUCAGAAACUACACUUUCAAUUGAGAUUUCAGCAACUACACCUUCAACUGUAACUUCAGCAACUACACCUUUAACUGAGACUUCAGCAACUACACCUUUAACUGUGACUUCAGCAACUACACCUUCAACUGUGACAUCAGCAACUACACCUUCAAUCGUGCCUUCAGCAACUACACCUUCAACUGGGACUUCAGCAACUACACCUUCAACUGUGACAUCAGCAACUACACCUUCAAUCGUGCCUUCAGCAACUACACCUUCAACUGGGACUUCAGCAACUACACCUUCAACUUCGACAUCAGCAACUACACCUUUAACUGUGACUUCAGCAACUACACCUUCAACUGCGACAUCAGCAACUACAUCUUUAACUGCAACAUUAGCAACUACACCUUCAACUGCGACAUCAGCAACUACACCUUCAACUGCGACAUCAGCAACUACACCUUCAACUGCAACAUCAGCAACUACACCUUCAACUGCGACAUCAGCAACUACACCUUCAACUGCGACAUCAACAACUACACCUUUAACUGCGACAUCAGCAACUACACCUUCAACUGCGACAUCAGCAACUACACCUUCAACUGCGACAUCAGCAACUACACCUUUAACUGGGACUUCAGCAACUACACCUUCAUUUGCAACUUCAGUAACUAUACCUACAACUGAGACUUCAGCAACCACACAUUCAACUAUGACUUUGGCAACUUCUGUAUCAACUGUGACCUCAGUAACUACACUUUCAACUGUGACUGGAGCAACUCCAGUUUCAACUGCAAAUUCAAUAACUACACCUUCAACUGCAACUACAGUAACUACACCUUUAACUGUGACAAGAGAAACUACACCUUCAACUGUGACUAGUGUAACUACACCUUCAAAUACAACUAGAUCAAAUUCAGCUUCAACUGUGACUGGAUCAGCUUCAUCUUCAACUGGAGGGAAUUCUGCAACAGGAACAUAUCAAACUACAACAGCCCCACCACCUGCCAAUCUUGGAGUUAUUUCUUUAAGUUUCAAGCUUAAUGACACAUUCCAGGCAGUCUACACUGACCUCAAUAAUGCAGUGACCAAAGCGUAUGUAGAAAAUAUUAAAUCUCAGUUUUAUCCAGUUUACAAGAAACGUUAUCCAAACUACUUUGGGAUGAUUAUUAAUAAGUUGAGUGCGGGCUCUGUUGCGGCAGAUUCCACCCUUCAAUUUGAUACCACCAGUUCCACGACUCCUAGUGCAACAGAUGCAAAAAACACGCUCAUUCAAGCAAUUAACAGUGGAGGCAUCAACCUAACAAUUGAUAAUACAUCUAUCACUGCUGUGCAAGUCUCAAGCAACGGAACGAGCACAGCGGCUUCAUCAACUGCUAUGACUCAAACUACGACAGUAGCCACAACAGCCUUAGUCCUAGCCAACUAUAAUAUCACCUUCAAAAUAUUACGCGUCUUUAUCAGUGAUCUGGCGAACCUCAGCUCUAAUGCAGCUGGUAAUCUGGCACCGGUGGUCAAUAGUCAGCUGACUGGGUUUUUCAGCAAUUUCAGAGGCUUCUAUCAGACAAACGUUUGGCGGUUCAGGAAUGGCUCCAUUGUAGUAGAUGCUUGGCUUGCAUUUAUCAAAAACAUCAAUGCUCCUAAAGCAACAGAGCUGGCUGAACAAUUUGCUGCUGCUGUCAGAAACCAAACAAUCUUAUUGCCAAUUGAUCCUACAACGAUCAAAGUCACAGACUUCACAGGAUUCACUGCCAACAAGUCUCAGGUGCUGGCUAGUAUGCUAACAGCAUUGUGGAUGACCUUAGCAUCCCUUCUGUUUUCAGCUGUGAUACACUAAGCUUCACAUUCACUUCAGCAAAAACACAACAUAAUGCUACUACACAACAAUCAUGGCUGUGGUCACACUCAGAAAAUCAAGAUGCAAACAAGUGAAAAUAUGAUCUAACUUUAUCACUUAUGGUCUUUCUUGUCACAUUUAGUGCCUGGUGGUACAUAUGGUUUGUGUGUGUUAUGGUAAGUUGGUCUCACAAUGCACAUUGAGGAUAAAUGAGGAUUGGUUUAUUAAAACCGAAUCUGAAGAGACCUCUAGUCCACAGAAAUGGCACAAGUGAAAUUUAUCUAAACAACUAAUGUUGUGUUGAUCUUUCUUUACCAAUAUAUUAGUUAGAACAUCUUUUUUUUGUAAUCAAAGUACACUGUAAAAAAA